CGUGGCCGGCGCUGGAAGGGCGACGCAGCCCGGUCUAGUUCAGGGUCUAGGGCGGCGCGUCACUUCCGGUAGCGCGGAGCUUGUAAAACACCCUGGAGAGAAAAUGGCGGCGGCGACGGCGGCGGCGGCGGCGCCUCAGCAGCUCUCGGAUGAGGAGCUUUUCUCUCAGCUUCGCCGUUACGGCUUGUCUCCGGGUCCCGUGACGGAGAGCACCCGGCCGGUCUACCUCAAGAAGCUGAAGAAGCUUCGCGAGGAAGAGCAGCAGCAGCAGCACCGGGCAGGGGGCCGCGGCCACAAGACGCGGAACAGUAAUAACAAUAACACGGCGGCGGCGGCGACGGCGAUGGGGGGCCGGGCCGGCUCCGGGGACCUCGCGUACUUACGGAGCCCCGCAGGCCUCGGCCGCCUGUCGGCCUCGGCUCCGGAGAGCCCCGUGGCAGGAGGCUCCGGGGGCGCGGCGGCCGUCCCCGCGGCGGGCAGCAAAGUGCUGCUGGGCUUCAGCUCGGACGAGUCGGACGUGGAGGCCAGUCCGCGGGAGCAGGCGGGCGCCGGCGGCGGCGGCGGCGGCGGCGCGCGGAGGGACCGGGCUGCGCUCCAGUACCGCGGGCUCAGAGCCCCGCCGGCGCCCCCGGCCGCGGGCGAGGUGACGGGCGGCCACCCGGGCGAGCGGAGGAAGCCGCACUCGUGGUGGGGGGCGCGGAGGCCGGCGGGCCCCGAGCCGCAGCCCCCGGCGGCGGGGAGCGACGGCGCCGCGGAGGACGCGGACGAGGAGCCGGCGGACGGCGAGGACCGCGACCCCGAGGCCGAGGAGCCGCUGUGGGCCAGCCGAGCCGUGAACGGCAGCCGGCUUCUCCCCUACAGCUGCCGGGAGCACUACUCGGACUCGGAGGAGGAGGAGGAGGGGGAGGAGGACGGCGACGUGGCCCCGGCCAGACAGGUAUUAAAGGACGACUCCCUCGCCCGGCAUCGACCCAGACGGAGCCAUAGUAAGCCGUUCUCGGCGCUGACUGCUAAAUCUGGCGGCAGCCGGCAGGAGACUUCGGUUCAGGGAGGGGGAGCACUCGCGAUGAAUGACAGGGCGGCGGCCGCCGGGAGUCUAGACAGGAGCCGAAACCUCGAGGAGGCGGCGGCCGAGUCGGGAGGAGAAGGAGGAGGAGGAGGAGGAGGAGGGUGCGAUCAAGUGGACUCCAUUCCUCGAUACCGUGCCGGCGCGAAGAAGCUGGCCCCGCUGCUGUCGCCGCCGAGUCCCGAUGGGGACUCCACCUUGGAGUCGCCCACGGGGCCCCUCCUCAAAACCAAUAAUCACAUAGGCGGCGGGGCCUUUGGCGUGGAUUCCCCCGUUCUGUUUGCCAACAGCCUCCCUCCCGGGGCCGUCGCCGCCGCGGCCGCCCCUGGCUCACUCAGGAUCAACCACGCCAACCAUACUGGCUCCAAUCACACCUACCUGAAAACCGCCUACGGCAAGCCGAAGCUCUGCGAGCCCGAAGAGGAACUUCUGCAGCAGUUUAAACGGGAGGAGGUGUCCCCGACGGGGACUUUCAGUGCUCACUACUUGUCGAUGUUCCUCCUAACCGCUGCCUGCUUAUUUUUCCUAAUACUGGGACUGACUUACCUAGGAAUGAGAGGGACGGGAGUACCCGAGGACGGAGGACUCAUAAAAAACCCCUUUGAUGAAACAUUUGGAAAAAUACAAGAAAGUGAAAAAAAUCUUUUGAUGAGCACAUUGUACAAACUUCAUGAUCGAUUGGCCCAGAUUGCAGGAGAUCAUGAAUGUGGCAGUUCUAGUCAAAGGAUGCUUUCAGUCCAAGAAGCAGCUGCAUAUUUAAAAAAUUUAGGUCCUGAGUAUGAAGAUGUAUUUAAUACUUCAUUGCUGUGGAUUUUUAAAAAUGGGAAAGAUGUUGGAAUAAGGUGUGUUGGUUACGGGCCUGAAGAAGACUUGACAAACAUAACUGAUGUGCAGUUUUUACAAUCCACCAGGCCCCAGAUGCCCUUCUGGUGUCGUUUCCGGCGUGCUUUCAUUACUGUGACCCAUAGGUUAUUGUUGUUAUGUUUAGGUGUAGUGAUGGUCUGUGUUGUUCUCCGUUACAUGAGAUACCGCUGGACUAAGGAGGAGGAGGAAACAAGGCAGAUGUAUGAUAUGGUGGUAAAGAUUAUAGAUGUUUUACGAAGUCAUAAUGAAGCUUGUCAGGAAACUAAAGAUUUACAGCCUUACAUGCCUAUUCCACAUGUUCGCGAUUCCUUAAUACAGCCGCAGGACAGGAAAAAGAUGAAGAGAGUCUGGGAUAGAGCUGUUGACUUCCUUGCUGCUAACGAAUCUAGAGUCCGUACGGAGACUCGAAGAGUGGGCGGUGCAGACUUUGUAGUCUGGCGGUGGAUCCAGCCUUCUGCGUCUUGUGACAAGACAUUAGCGAUACCCUCUAAAGUAUGGCAAGGCCAAGCAUUUCAUUUAGAUAGAAGAAAUUCACCACCAAAUAGUUUGACUCCAUGUUUAAAGAUUCGAAAUAUGUUUGAUCCAGUUAUGGAAAUAGGAGAUCACUGGCACCUAGCGAUUCAAGAAGCAAUUUUAGAGAAGUGCAGCGAUAACGAUGGCAUCGUUCAUAUUGCCGUAGACAGGAACUCGCGAGAGGGCUGUGUCUAUGUUAAAUGUUUGUCUCCGGAAUAUGCUGGAAAGGCUUUUAAAGCAUUGCAUGGCUCUUGGUUUGAUGGAAAAUUGGUUACAGUAAAAUACUUACGACUAGAUAGAUACCACCAUCGCUUUCCCCAGGCCCUCACUUGCAACACUCCCUUGAAGCCAGCAAAUAAACAUAUGAACUCUCUGUCUCACCUGCGCCUGCGGACUGGCCUAGCUAAUUCUCAAGGAAGUUCCUGAAAAGAUGUCUUCACUCUUAGGACUGUUAAUUUAAAUAGGAAUAUUCCCAUUUGGCUUCCUGUCUUCCUUUUAAAAUGCUUUUUGUAUGUAAUAUUUUUAUUGCUGAAGACAGCUGUUUGAAAGUUCUGGAAAUCUUCAGGUUCCAAAGGGUUUGGCAGUGAGGCAGGCGGCAGUGCUGAGGAGGCAGAGAGAAGAACUGUUUUCCUCAGUUUGUGGGACUCAGGUACGCCAGUGCAUUGGAGGCUGUACGUAAGGAGCACCGACUUCACAGUAAGGGGCUCAGAGAUGGUGCUUAUAGGUUUGCACCAAGAGUGUUUAGAGAACCACGUACAAGCAUGGCGAAGCAGCUUGUUUUGUAUUUCCAUAAUUUGUGAACUAAUGUGAAUUUUUAUAUACAGUAAGCUGCAUCAUUCCUUACAGGCUUCUGUGGUAAAACCAUUCACUUCCCACUUUAACCUUAGAUCUCUAUUGCUUGUAAAAGGUUCAUUUGCUGCAGCUGGAAUAUGGGGAAAUUUAUUUGGUUUUAAUGGUUAUAUACAUGUGUAAGAGGGUGUAUAUGUACUUACAUUGGCUUUUGUAUAUAUGUAUAAAUGCUGAUGGUAGCGAAAGUCUUGUUUUGUGAGAAUGUCUGCAUUAGCAGUAAAAUAAGCUUUCUAUUUUACUCAUAAUCUAAUCUGUAUAUAUAUACAUAUAUAUAUAUGUGCGUAGCUGUGUAUCUGUGUACAUAUGUAGCUGCACAUAUGUACAUAUCCACACAGAUAUAUACGUAUGGCUGUACAGUCAUAGAUGAUCAAGCAGCCAAAUACCUGGAAGUAUUAGAUACAUGUUUAAAAUAUCUUUUAUAGAUUUUAUAUAAAAAUCCUCAAGUACGGUUUUGUGUAGAAGUUCUGGCACCAGCUGUAAUGAGUUCAAAUUUAUGUGAGCAAUAAAGAUGCAAUUGGCAGAUACUGGAAAAUAUUUUGUGAAAAGCUGUAUUUAUUAUAAAUACUGGGACUGUGACAAAACUAAAGGGAUCAUGUCAUUUCCCAGUCUGUGUAUAGCUUAAAGAAAUGUUAGCUCCUGUUCUAUGUCCAGUGUAAAACAGGGUACAUUGUUGCAGCAAAUGUACUAGACAAAUUUUCCUUGGAAUGUUGGGCCAUGCAAGUUUGCAAUGUAGAUGGUGCACGAAAUGACCAUUGGUUUGUGCCUCAGUGUUUAUUUCAGUAAAGCUACUUUAUUACUGUAUGUUUUCAGAUCAGAAUAGUUACUGAUCAAGGUUUACUUGUAACCUAAAAAUUGGCUUCUUGAAAAAUAACCUGUUGGAUAGAUCAUUGUUGGUCCAAAGGAAGAUGUGAAACAGCUGGAAUUACAUGAAUCUUAAUUUUUAUGUUAAGUUCAGUUUUCUUUUUGUUGUGUAUGUGUUUGGUUUGCAGCAUGAACUUGCGCGGAUAAUGCACGUUUUCUGGUUAAGUAAACAUGAUGCACACUAUUCUGUAACAGAAAACCCUUGUGCCUNACCUGUGUGCUUUUGUGGGCACCAUGUUUAUGAAGAAUAAAUGAUUUGUUAUCAGAAGAGAAUAAAUUUUAAAUUCUCAAUCUAUGUCUCAGAUGCUAAUGUGUUAAAAUAUAAAUAUAUAUAAUAUAUAAAGUAACCANUCUUUCUGUAUUUUAUGUGCAUCAUAGUGAUUUAUUUGAGCUUAGUGACACAAUCUUGUAACCUGUUGCAAGAGUGAANGUAAAAUAAUAUAGUUGUGGCAUUUAAACAGGUCACCCUUUGAUGCAGAUGCAUCUUUUUCUUGCUUCUGAGAUACAUUUCAUGUAAACAUUGCACAUUUAUUAUUGUAAUAUAUACUAUUAUGCAGCUUAUUUUACCUGGAACUCUUAAGCCGACCAAGAGUCCUCCCUGUAAGACAGAUGGGAAUGUGUAUAAUAAUUAGGUAUUUGAAAAGUUCUGCUUUGAUGUAAUUUGUUUCUUGUUCUGUUUAAAAAAAGAAGGACAACAUUCUAAUUAAAAAUUUAUUAGGUUUUUUU